AUGCCCAGAAAGCGGUCUAAUCUAUCACAAUCGUCAUACCAUUCGCGAAAAAGAAGGUUAGCUCGAUCCCUUGAAACCGCUGACGAGCGUGAGGCCAGGUUGACUGCUGUUCGUGAACAAAUUGCAGAGACUCGAAGAGGAGAAUGUAGUACGGCGCGCCAGUCGCGAUUAGAUACCAUGCGCACUCAAAAUGCAUUGUCGCGGUCUCAGGAAAGUGCAGAAGCACAUAAGAUGCGGCUGUCAAUUGACCGAGAGCGCCAUGCUAAGUCACGCGCGUCAGAGACGUUCACGCAGCGAGAGACGAGGCUGAGUUCUCAGCGCAACCGCACUGAUGUCGCUCGAUCUUGUGAGAGUGUUGACGGACGACAAGCGCGUUUGGAAAGCGAUCGGGAGCGCCACGCUGAGUCUCGCGCAUCCGAGACGUAUACGCAGCGCGAGACGAGACUAAGUUCGCAGCGCAGUCGCACUGAUGCCGCUCGAUCUUACGAGAGUGUCGAAGCGCGACAAAUUCGACUGGAAAGUGAUCGGGAGCGCCACGCUGAUUCUCGCGCGUCUGAAACGUACACGCAACGAGAGGCGAGGUUAUGUUUGCAGCGGAGCCGCGCUUCUUUUUCUCGGUCGAUUGAAGACGAUGAAGAACGGGAGACCCGCUCAAGAAGAGACCGCUCUCAGCAUGCCCUGUCACGUUCUUUAGAGACAGAUGAGCAGCGUGAAGAACGUCGUGCAGCUGCUCGGCAGCGGUACCACGAACUGCUUGGAGAUGCGUCUACUCAUCUAUCACAAGAACGGGACAGAAUUCAAGAGAUUCGGGGAACUUGGUCGGACGAACAGCGUGCGGCACAAGUAGAACAAGAUCGCCUGCGUCGUAACGUAAAUCAGCUUUCAACAUCUGAUGAGGAAUCCACGGUUUACGAUAUCGAAGAGCAACCAUGGCUAAACAAAGAGGGAAGUGGAUUUAUGUACAAUGUUGCGAUUAACUACGCCGCUUAUGGCAAUAUUGGUGCCUUAGAAGAAGUGUGUGCUCACUGCCAAGCACGCAAAUGGAAAGGGGAGCCAAAUGGGAUGUGUUGUGCAUCUGGCAAGGUCCGCUUGGACUCUAUGCAGGACCCGCCAGACCUGUUAAGAGUCCUAUUAAAUGGCGAGCAUCCAAAGUCCAGCCAUUUUUUGAAAAACAUCCGAGCUUAUAAUAGCGCCUUUCAGAUGACUUCGUUUGGUGCAAAUCAAAUCGUUGAAGCAGGAUUCAUGCCAACAUUCAAGGUACAGGGGCAGGUUUAUCAUCAAAUCGGUUCUUUACUACCAACAGACACGCCAAAAUUUUUGCAAGUUUAUUUUAUUAGCGAUUUCGAUGAACAAGCCAACGUGCGAAGCAGACACAUCCCCAAUUUGGACUCUGGUCUGGUCAGGGGAUUGCAAAGUAUGUUGCAUAAUGUGAAUCCACACAUUGAGAACUUCAAAGCCGCCUUGGCGUCGGUGCCUGAGAACGAGCGCAACCGCUUUAAGUUUGUCAUCAGCGCAGAUAGAAGACCGAUCGCAGCCCAUCCCGGGCGGUAUAAUGCACCAACGACGAAUGAGGUAGCCGUUCUCUUAGUCGAUCAGGAGUGUGAUAAAAGAGAUAUCGUUUUGCGCACGCAUGAUGACCGGCUUCAAAGGAUCAGCGAGACACACCGCGCUUACGAUUCUCUUCAAUAUCCUCUUAUGUUCUGUCGCGGAGAGGAUGGCUACCAUUUUGCCCACUAUAAUGUAGAUCCCCAGACAGGCUCCCUGAAUUACAACAAAAAAACGUCCGCUAUGCAGUUUUACAGCUUCUUGAUCCAGCUUCGAGUAAAUGACGGAUCUUAUCUCCACCGUUACCGAACGCUCUUUAGUCAGUUUCUGGUGGAUAUGUACGCCAAAAUUGAGACAGAGCGUUUGGUAUUUAUAAGGUCCAACCAAAGAAAGCUGAGAGCUGAGAACUACGUCCAUCUCAGGGAUGCCAUGCAUCACGAUGCAAAUGCUCAAGAUGUAGGAAGGAUGGUCAUUCUACCCUCCACCUUCACAGGAGGUCCGCGGUACAUGCACGAGAGGACGCAAGACGCGUUUUGUUACGUGCGAAAGUUUGGUCGCCCGGACCUCUUCAUUACCAUCACUACUAACCCUAAGUGGCCUGAAAUCACAUCUGAACUCCUUUCAGGACAGGCUUCGUACGACAGACAUGACUUGAUCUCUCGCGUGUUCCAUCUAAAGUUGAAGUGUCUCAUGGAUCUUCUCACAAAGGCAAAGGUGUUUGGUGCAGUCCGAUGUGAAGAUGGAUAUCCUUCAUACCGGCGCCGACCACCUGCAGAAGGCGGACAUUUCACUGAGCUGAGCGUACGUGGCCAGGUGCAACAGGUCGACAACAGAUGGAUUGUUCCAUACUCACCUGUUCUGUCCAGGACCUUCCAGACGCACAUCAACGUCGAGUCAUGCACCAGCGUUGAGUCGAUCAAAUACAUCUGCAAAUACGUCAACAAACGGAGCGACCAGGCGACGUUUGCUUUACAGAGCACUGAUAGGGACGAGGUGACCAAGUACCAGUCUGGUCGCUAUAUCAGCACGUCCGAAGCGGUUUGGCGGAUACUGGCGUUCUCUAUACAUGACAGGUAUCCUACGGUCAUGCAUUUAGACGUCCACCUAGAGAACGGCCAGCGGAUAUAUUUUGAUCCCGACAACGUUGCAGAGCGCUUGGAAAAUCCGCGCCAAACAACGCUCUUGGCAUUUUUUAGGCUCUGUGAAGUCGACCAGUUCGCGAAGUCGCUCACGUAUGACGAGGUGCCGUCGUAUUAUACAUACGACAAGCAAAGAGGUGUAUUUAACCGACGUCGACGUGGAGGUGUAGUUGAAGGUUUUCCGGGCAUUUUUAAGAACACCGCAUUGGGUAGAGUUUAUACCGUGCAUCCGAACAAUGGCGAAUGCUAUUAUCUGCGGUUGUUGCUUCAUACGGUCCGGGGCCCAACGUCUUUUGCCUUUCUGAGGACAGUUGAUGACGUGGAGUAUCCAACAUACCGCGCAGCCUGCGUAGCACGUCACCUACUUGACGGUGACCAAAACUGGGAUGACACCCUCGCGGAGGCGAGCAUCAGCGACAGUCCCAGUCGCUUGCGACAUCUGUUCGCCGUCAUGUUGGUGUUCUGUGGAAUCGCGAACCCGGUAACUUUGUGGGAGAAGUAUCGCCAUCGUCUGUCCGAAGAUUUUUUACGAGCUUUGAGGCGUGCUAAUGAAGAUGAAGUCGAAGUAACUGAUGGACGCGUGUUGAACACCUGUCUCAGUUCACUUCAAGACGUGGUCAUUUCUAUCGGCGGCAAUCCACUGGUUGAAUACGGGUUACCAGCUCCCCAAUCACCAUUACGUCAAGACCGUGGAAAUCGGGAGUAUGCCGCUGAGACACAUUACGAUCCGGCCGUAAUGACCACCAUACGAAAUGACCACGUCGCUUUGUUCUCUUCAGAGCAAAAACAAAUUUACGACAUCGUCCUUGAAAGCGUUGGGCUCAACCAGGGUAAAAUGUUUUUCUUGGAUGCUCCUGGUGGAACAGGAAAAACAUUUGUUACCACUGGCAUACUUGCAGAGGUCAGGAGGCAAGGCAAAAUUGCCAUUGCUGUAGCGUCGUCGGGAAUCGCUGCUACACUACUUCCUGGUGGCAAAACGGCACAUGCCAUGUUCAAAAUUCCCAUAGACUUAGAGAGCACCGAAACUCCUGUUUGUGGUGUGUCACGCAACAGUGACAAGGGACACGUGCUAAAGGAUUGCUCUCUGAUCGUAUGGGAUGAGUGCACGAUGGCGAAUAGGAAGGCAGUUGAGGCCGUGGAUAGAACCCUGCAGGACAUCCGCAGGAACGAACACUUGAUGGGCGGUGUUACAGUUCUGUUUAGUGGUGAUUUCCGACAAACGCUUCCCGUGGUAACGCGGGGAUCUAGGGCUGACGAGGUGAAUGCUUCGUUGAAACGAUCUGCGUUAUGGUCACGCGUUCAUACGCUGCGCUUGACCAUCAAUAUGAGAGCUCAGCUCGGCGCCAAUGCACGCGCUCAAGAAUUCUCUGAUGUCCUUCUAAGUCUCGGCGACGGUACUCUACCAGAGGAGAGGGGCGGACAGGUGGUGCUCCCAGAAUCUCUCGGUAGAGUGGUAUCCACCUUAGAUGAACUCAUUCGCUGCGUGUACGGGGAUAUCAGUCGAAUACCGCACCAGCCGAAUUCUUGGGCAUGCGAGCGGGCCAUUUUGACGCCUAAAAAUGAUCAAGCUGCAGCAAUCAAUGAAAGCAUUCUCUCGGAAAUUGAGGGGAAUGAAGUGGUGUACACCUCCAUAAACACCGUAGUCGAGCAAGAUGACGCCACACACUAUCCGGUGGAAUUUCUCAACUCCCUCACAGCAAGUGGACUUCCAGCACAUAACAUCAAGCUGAAAGUUGGGGUCCCGAUCAUGCUUCUUCGGAACCUGUCUCCUCCGAAGUUGUGUAACGGGACCCGCCUUAAAGUCAUCUCACUGCAUACAAAUAUUAUCGAGGCGGAAAUUUUGACGGGUUGUGGCGUCGGCGAGGCAGUGUUUAUACCACGCAUUCCCCUCAUACCUCAUAACUACCCCUUCCAGUUCAAGCGCGUGCAGUUCCCUGUGAGUGUUUGCUUCGCGAUGACUAUCAAUAAGUCACAGGGACAGACACUGAAGGCUGCGGGUGUCGACCUAAGGACGAGCUGCUUCUCACACGGACAACUGUACGUCGCUUGCUCCCGCGUCACCAGUCCUGACUCUCUAUACAUUUUGGCUACUGAGAGCAAAACUACAAAUGUAGUUUAUAGAGAAAUUUUAUAA